AUGUUGUCCGAUCUUGAACUUCUCAAAGCGUCUAUCCCUGGCAUCUCCGCCAAACUGCGCGAACUGCGGGCUCAGAAUGCCGACGAAGCAUUUAUCAGCGAGCAGCAACAAAAACUGGCUGACACCAAUAGACGGAUAGCUGCUCUAUUGAAAGGAUCUGGGGAAAAUGACUCUAAGAAGGCAAAAAUUACGUUGAAGACACCCAAAGGUACACGAGACUGGACGCCCAUCGAGAUGUCAAUACGAGAACAUAUUUUCAGCACUCUUACCCGUGUAUUCAAAGCGCAUGGAGGGUGCACUAUUGACACUCCCGUCUUCGAACUCCGGGAGAUCCUUGCUGGGAAAUACGGUGAAGAUAGCAAACUCAUCUAUGACCUACAAGAUCAAGGCGGAGAAUUAUGUAGCCUUCGGUACGAUCUUACCGUUCCAUUUGCACGCUUCCUCGCCAUGAACAGCGCUCAAUAUCCAGCAAUAAAGCGCUACCACAUUGCUAAGGUCUACCGACGAGACGCGCCAGCAAUGACGAAAGGUCGCAUGCGAGAAUUCUAUCAAUGCGACUUCGAUAUCGCAGGAUCAUUUGACCCGAUGCUUCCUGACUCGGAAGUCUUGGUGAUUUUAUGUGAAGCCUUGACGGCUCUUGAGGUUGGGGAUUACACAGUCAAGAUUAACCACCGAAAGAUCCUUGAUGGGAUAUUCGAAGUGUGUGGUGUGCCCGCAGAGAAGAUACGGACGAUUUCGUCUGCUGUGGACAAACUGGACAAGCUACCAUGGUCCGAAGUGAAGCGGGAAAUGACAGAGGACAAAGGCCUGGAUCCAGUAGUGGCGGACCAAAUCGGAGAGUUUGUCAAGCUGAAAGGCGGCUCUGAGCUCGUCCAGACGCUCGAAUCGUCACGAUUGGCACAGAACAGGUCGGCACAGGCAGGGAUAGCAGACAUGAAGCUUCUUUUUAGUUACCUUGAUGUGUUUGGCAUAACAAGCAAGAUGUCAUUUGACAUGAGCCUGGCCCGAGGUUUAGACUACUACACGGGUUUAAUCUAUGAAGCAGUGGUCGAGGGCUCCGCACCACCACCACUCACUGACGCCACAACCACAACGAACACUAAUGCCGACACUGCCAUGAAAACCAUCAUUUCCAAAUCGAAAUUGAAAAAGUCCAUUGCCACUGCCUCUUCGGGUGAAGACCCCCAAAAUAAUGCCGAAGAGGAGGAGAUCGAUGAGUCCCAGGUUGGCGUUGGCUCUAUUGCCGCUGGUGGGAGGUACGACGAGCUUGUGGGGAUGUUCAUGGGCGCAGGGUCAAGUGAUCCUAAAAAGAAAGAGAAAGGUAUUCCGUGUGUUGGCGUGAGCGUAGGUGUGGAGCGUGUAUUUUCUAUUCUAAUGGCGAAGGAGAAAGAGAAGGCUGCCCAAGGGGGUUUCAGAGGUGUGGGGAGGAAGAGUGCGACAGAAGUAUACGUGAUGAGCGUGGGGGGUGGACUGUUGAUAGAACGGAUGGAAAUUGUGAAGGAGCUGUGGGCAGCAGGGAUCAAAGCUGAAUUCGCGUACAAGGUAAAACCAAAGCUUCCAAAGCAGUUUGAAACUGUCGACAAGGAACAAAUACCCUUCGUUGUCAUCAUCGGUGGGGAUGAGAUCAAGGAAGGAACUGUGCGUGUGAAGGAGCAAAAAGGCAAAGAGGCUUCCACGGGCGAGGGGGAAAAGAUUCCAAGAACAGAGAUGGUCAGAUGGCUCAAGGAGAAAAUCGUGGGGGUGUAG